GGCUCGGCCCCUUUAAAUCCCGCCCGGGCAAGCCUGGGCCGGACCGCGCCCUUCCCGGAUCCGCGCCUGGGAAUCGCCGCCCGGCGCGCGCCCCCCGCGCUCCCCCGCGCCCCCGCGCUCCCCCGCGCCCCCGCGCCCAGCCCGAGACCCCGCGCGCCUCCGGCGAGCGCCAGGCCUUCGGGCGCAGCGGCCGUGCGCAUCAUGAGCCGCAUCUACCACGACAGCGCCCUCCGGAACAAGGCGGUGCGGAGCGCGCGGCUGCCGGGGGCCUGGGACCCCGCCGCCCACCAGGGGGGAAGCGGCGUCCUGCUGGAGGGAGAACUGGUAGACGUGUCUCGCCACAGCAUCUUGGAUGCCCAUGACAGGAAGGACCGCUACUAUGUGCUGUACAUCAGGCCCAGUCGCAUCCAUCGGCGGAAGUUCGACCCCAAGGGGAAUGAAAUCGAGCCCAACUUCAGCGCCACCAGGAAGGUGAACACGGGCUUCCUCAUGUCAUCCUACAAGAUGGAAGCAAAGGGGGACACCGACAGACUCACGCCCGAGGCGCUGAAGGCACUGGUACAAAAGCCAGAGCUGCUGGCGCUGACGGAGAGCCUUACCCCCGACCAGACAGUGGCGUUCUGGAUGCCUGAGUCAGAGAUGGAGGCAAUGGAGCUGGAGCUGGGGGCCGGGGUACGGCUGAAAACUCGAGGUGACGGCCCCUUCCUGGAGUCAUUAGCCAAACUUGAGGCUGGAACAGUGACCAAGUGUAAUUUUGCUGGUGAUGGAAAGACAGGGGCAUCCUGGACAGACAACAUCAUGGCCCAGAAGUCUUCGGAGGGAGCCACAGCGGAGACUCGAGAGCAGGGGGACGGGGCAGAGGACGAGGAGUGGGACGACUGAGGUGAGUGGGGGUGAAGCACCUCUGGGGCCUGCCAGCACUGCUGAGAAUCUCUUCCAUCAACAUCUACUCUGGAGUUCGAGGGAGCGGUCCACCAAGCCUUCCCUGCUUCUUGCUACAGCUGCCAUGGAAUGCCCUUGGAAUAAGUGCUGCUAAAAUCAAAUCCAAGACGGUGACUUGAGCAGUGGCGCCCCAUGCCGUGGCUCAUGGAGGGGCCCUGCCUCGAUGUGAGUCUAGAUCUCCUAGACAUGUCCACGAUGGCCCUUGCCCUGAAUGGCAGCCUUGUUUCUGGAGACAGGCAGUGGAACCGAAUUUGGUCUUGGUGUGGACUUGGCGAAUGUCCCUCAUCUGCAUGCAGAGUGGCUCAGGGGUUCCUCCCUCUGUCCUCAUAUUUUCUGCCAUUUCUUCCACACCUGCCCCCCUCCCCAGUGCUCUGAGUUAUAGCCUUUGCAUUCUUGUUCAAACCUUGUUGUCCCUUCUGUGCUCUUUUCCUCCCCUAGAGCUGCCAAUUCUUUACUCCUCCUCUGGUUCUCUGCCACAUUGGAGGGUUCCUGUGUCCUGACCUCUCUGCUGUUCUCAGGGAGGUCUAGAGUUUUCACAGGUGUGGCUGGCUGGUCCCUACCUUUCAGGCUCACUCUACCAGGCCACAUUUUCAUAACACCUUUGUUGCUGUUGUUAUGUACUUUGAGAAUUUUUUAUGAGUGAGUAAAUCUUCAGAAGAGGAUUCCUCUGCAUUGACUGGGUUAUGUCAGGUGUAAACAGUUUUCCACCUGAGCAAUGAUCCUAUAAGGAAGCCAUUUCUUUUUGAUCAUGAACAUCACCUUGCUGGGUAGUGUGCGUGCACUCUGAUCCAUGAUGGGAUGUAGAGUUGAAGUCCACAUGUCCUAAGAAUGGGGAAGAGACUUAGUGGAUUUGGAUCCUGCUGGCCUCAGGGACAAGAGAGGGUGGUGGUGAAGGAACAAGUAUUGAGUCCCCUAAUGCAUCGAACGCGUCACUAGAUGCUUUCCAUGAUGGUAAUUACAGCCACUGACCGUUGAGUGCUUCUUGGCACUAGUGCAUGUAUCCCCCGCUUUUCAAAAGUUACAUUAUGACACUAGGUGCGAAGACCUACCUUAGUACCUGUUUUUUCUAACCAAAAGCAAUCUGCAGAGGGUUUUCAU